CCCGCCAAAUACAAGCGCGAGCGGGGGAGGGGAAGGGAGCCCGUCUAGGAGGGAAAAGCGGCCCGCCGGGGACGCGCGCGCGCGCUCCCGCUCCCCCCUCCCCGGAGUAUGUCAUUUGGGAGGCGAAAGGCCUGAGGGGGGCCUGGUCGAGGCUCUGCUGAUUCCCUCAGGCGGCGAAGGAGGACGGGUGGCAGCUAUGGAGUGUCCACCUAAGUCAACCCCGACCAGGAAACUCAUACAAGCUCGGCUGCCUUUCAAGCGUUUGAAUCCCGUGCCAAAGGAGAAACUCAGUGCAAGCUCUGGAGUUAAAAAGCCAAGGAACUCUCAAAAUGUUCUCGGUCAGAACAACACUCCGUGUCCCAGUUUGUCACAUCCAUCACCGGACAAUGCAGAGAACAGUUGCCAGGUGGAAACUGAACCACAGUUUAUUCCAAAACUUGUUAAUGGGAAGGGUCCACUAGAUAGCUUUGUGCAGAAAAACAAAACAAGUCAGCCUUUACCCUCAAUAGACUUGACAGAGGAUUCUAACGAGGGACUGAGCAGUAAAGGAGAUCACAGCAUAUCAAAAGCGAAAGAGGCACUGACAGAGAAAGCUAAUGAGGAAAUCGCAGGCAAACCUAGUUCACAAAAACCUCUUUGCAAUAGCCCAGUGGAUCCUCUUUGCCCAGGUGUGGCACACAAUCGUGAAUUAUUGGAUGCGUCACUUGUGGAGACAGCCGUCAACAGGGCCAAAGAGGGUGAACUCAAGAAUGUUCUAUUUCAGAGGAAAAUGCCUGUGGUUCUCUUGGAGGAUAUCAUGGCAGGCAGAUUUCGCCAUGCUGUACCUUUGGAAAGGAGCCUGUCUUCUGGAAAUGACACGAGUGGGUCUUGUGCUAUAGAGAACUCUACCUGUACAAACUCCUCCUUCAGUUCUCUCUCCUCUACCAGCUCACCUGAGACUUUGCCUGCUGAGGAGAAAACAAGAGAUGACAGCCCUUUAGCCUCUUCAACACCUGUCCGAAAGGCGAAUCUGAAAAUUCAGCGGAGUGCUGCAGAAAAGGAGAAGCUGAGGCUGCAGAAAGACCAAGAACGUGCAGAUAAACUUCAAAAGCUGCAGGCUGAACGAGAGGAGAAGGGGAGGCUGAAAGAGGAGGCAAGGGCUGCCAAAGAACGCUCCCGGGAGGAGGCAAAGAGGAAAAAAGAGGAAGAGAAGGAACUGAAGGAGAAGGAGAGGAGGGAGAAAAAGGAAAAAGAUGAGAAAGAAAAGGCUGAAAAGCUACGAGUAAAAGAAGAAAAACGAAAGGAGAGACAGGAAGCGCUGGAGGCAAAACUUGAAGAGAAAAGGAAGAAAGAAGAGGAGAAACGGUUGAAAGAAGAGGAGAAGCGCAUUAAAGCAGAAAAGGCAGAAAUCACUCGGUUCUUCCAAAAACCAAAGACUCCACCGGCUCCGAAGACUCUUGCUGGCUGGUGUGGGAAGUUUGCGCCUUUUGAAAUCAAGGAAAACAUGGUCCUUUCCCCAUUGUGCCGCGUGGCCUUUGACCAGGACCUCAUGGAUCGGUUAGACUGGCUCCUGCAAGCUCAGAGCUGUGAUGCUUCUCUCUUGAAAGAACUGAAGGGCCGAGAGCCGGGUAAAUCUGGACCCACACUUCUCCACAGCAGCAGCACUGAUGUCAACAGCGAUGUGGUCAUAGUGGGUAGCAGCCAAGUGGGAGACAUCCCAGAAAGAAAGAAGUUUGGGCGGAUGAAACUACUGCAGUUCUGUGAGAAUCACCGGCCUGCCUACUGGGGCACAUGGAACAAGAAAUCCUCAUCCAUAAAGCCAAGGAAUCCUUGGCUAAAGGAUACGACGCUGCUGGACUAUGAGGUGGAAAGUGACGAGGAGUGGGAGGAAGAGGAACCGGGCGAGUCUCUCUCUCACAGCGAAGGGGAUGAUGAUGAGGAUGGAGGGGAGGAGGAAGAUGACGAUGAUGGCUUUUUUGUGCCCCAUGGGUACCUUUCAGAGGACGAAGGCGUGACUGAAGAAUGCGACCCCGAGAACCAGAAGGUUCGCCAAAAGCUGAAGGCUAAGGAGUGGGAUGAACUGAUCGCCAAGGGGAAGAGGUUCCGGAUUUUGCAGCCCGUGAAGAUUGGAUGUGUCUGGGAAGGCCAGGAAAGCGGCAGCUGCUCCGGCUCAGAUCUGAAGCUGCUCCAGCAGUUCCAGGCUUCCAUCCUUGACUCGAGCCUUGCAGACGAGGAACAGAUAGAGAAGAGCGAUAAAAAGAGGACAAAAGACCAGCAGAUCUUAGGGCAGCUACUCCCACUGCUCCAUGGGAACGUUAAUGGAAGCAAAGUGAUCAUCCAAGAAUUCCAGGAUUGCUGUCGCCUGGGGCUGCUGCCGGGCAACAACGAGGCCAUCCCCGCUCCCAGCAGUGGAGACACUAGUCCUAUGAGUCCUAACUCCUCUCGGGCCCAGACUCCUGUCCAGGAGGGUACCAGUGUCCCUUCCAAAGCCAAGCUGAAGCGGAUCAUCUCUGAGAACUCCGUGUACGAGAAGAGGCCUGAGCAUCGGAUGUGUUGGUAUGUCCACCCAGAGGUCCUGAAGAGCUUUGGCCAGGAGGACCUCCCUGUCCCUUGCCAGUGGAACUACAUCACCCAGGUCCUUUCAGUGGCCAAGGAGGAAGGGGGCAAUUCGCCGGGCGUGGUGGCAACGCAGACGACCCCCAUCUCUGCAAAACGGAAGCCAACGGGAAGCAUGUCCAUCACCAAGUUCAUGAAGAGACCUCGCAGUACCAGAGAGGCUGGGACUGUGGAGAUGGAUGGAUUUCAGGCAGACACUGAGGAAGAGGAUGAUGACGAAUGCAUCAUUGUGGACAUGCAGCAGAGUGCAGCACCUGCAUCGAAGGCCCCUGCCAUCACGGCAGAGACGGAAGGGGAAGCAGUGGAGGAUCCCACCCUGGAGCAAGAUGCUGCUGACUCACACCAUUUGAUACUCAACUAACUUUACUGCUCUGUAUGUAUGUAGAAUUCUUUAGAAUAUUUUAAAAAAUCUUGUAUCUUUUUUUGUACAAGAUACUUGAACAUACUCUAUAUUCCUUGUAAAGAGAAGACAGCACUUUGUUUCUGCUUCAGAUCAGUGGAAGCUCAAGAUGUAUUUUUAGAUGAUUAGAUGUUUGUUUUUUUUAGUUAAGUACUACACAUAAUCUCUUUAAUAAAAGCAUUACUGAAAUUUUG